AUGGGGGCGGCCGAGGAGGGCGGCGGCGGCGGUGUGGCGGUGCCUUCCGCGUCAGGCGGCGGCAUGCCCCAGGUGGUGCGUGUGGCAGGCGGCAUCGUGACCCAGGUGGUGCGUGUGGCAGGCGGCGUCGUGGCCCAGGUGGUGCGCGUGCCAGGCGGCGUCGUGGCCCAGGUGGUGCGCGUGGCAGGUGGCGGUGGUGUGUCGGCGCCUUCUGCAUCAGGCGGCGUCAUGCCCCAGGUGGUGCGUGUGGCAGGCAGCGUCGUGGCCCAGGUGGUGCGCGUGGCAGGUGGCGGUGGUGUGUCGGCGCCUUCUGCGUCAGGCGGCGGCAUGCCCCAGGUGGUGCGUGUGGCAGGCGGCAUCGUGGCCCAGGUGGUGCGCGUAGCAGGUGGCGGUGGUGUGUCGGCGCCUUCUGCGUCAGGCGGCAGCAUGCCCCAGGUGGUGCGUGUGGCAGGCGGCAUCGUGCCCCAGGUGGUGCGCGUGCCAGGUGGCCGUGGUGUGUCGGCGCCUUCUGCAUCAGGCGGCGGCAUGCCCCAGGUGGUGCGUGUGGCAGGCGGCGUCGUGGCCCAUGUGGUGCGCGUGGCAGGUGGCGGUGGUGUGUCGGCGCCUUCUGCGUCAGGCGGCGGCAUGCCCCAGGUGGUGCGUGUAGCAGGCGGCAUCGUGCCCCAGGUGCUGCGUGUGGCAGGUGGUGGUGGUAUGUCGGCGCCUUCUGCAUCAGGCAGCGGCAUGCCUCAGGUGGUGCGUGUGGCAGGCGGCGUCGUGCCCCAGGUGGUGCACGUGGCAGGCGGCGUCGUGCCCCAGGUGGUGGGCGUGGCAGCUGGCGGUGGUGUGUCGGCGCCUUCUGCGUCAGGCGGCGGCGUGCCCCAGGUGGUGCGCGUGGCGGGCCGCGGCGGUGUGGCAGGGCCUUCAGCGGCACGUGUGGCGGGUGUAGGUGGCGCCGGGUUGACUGUGAAUGGCUCGACAGGUGGCUGA